AUGGCUACCACCACCAGCUCCACCGCCCUCCUCAUCGCCCUCGUCGUCCUGGCCGGCCUCGCCGACCUGCACGCCGCCACAGCCGACCCGAGGCCCGUCCACGCCGCGGAACUCUCGGUGCCGGCAUGGGCGGCCGGGCAGCCAAUGACGGCCCCGGAGCUGGAAGGGAUGAUGGAUUGCAUGAUGGGGUGCUGGACGACGGUGAUGGGCUGCGUAUUCGGGUGCAUGGCCAAGCCCCCCGCCGACAUGCCGGUCUGCUGGUUCAGCUGCGACCAGACCUACGUUAUGGGCAUGGCCGCGGUGGCGGUAAAGACGAUGAUGGAGCGCCCAACAACAAUGGAGCUGGAUGGGAAGAUGCAGUGCAUGAUGGGGUGCUUCACGAUGGUGAUGUUCUGCGCAUUCAAGUGCAUGAUUCCCUGCGUGGUCGCGUGCCCCGCCCUGCCGCUCUGCAUCACCAACUGCGACCUCAAGACCCUUGGCUGCAUGCUCCGCUGCGGCAUGAUGCCCUCGCCCAAGCCCAAGCCCAAGCCCAAACCCAAGCCCAAGCCCAAGCCACCUGCCCCGCCGGGCCUGCACCUAGACGCCCUCGAUCACCAUGCAUGA